UUUGCCAUCAGGACAUCGAUCCUCACUUCUCCACAGACCCAGCGCAGCGUCCAGGGGGGAGAGCGGACGGAGUCAGGUUCUAACGCAACAUCUUCUCCGCUUGGAGGACGAUGCACCCGCUGCUUGAUCCGUAGUGGACUGUCACACCUCGCAUGUGCGUAAAGAGGACACCCAGCGCUGGAUCCGUCUUUACGCAGAGCUGCCUUUCUUGUUUCUUGGUGCGCCCGGGUGAAUAUUUGGCUGCGGCGCGCAACCACGACGCGUGUGCCAGCGCAUUUCUCCCAGUGAGAGUCGAGUCGGACUUAUUGGCUCCGAGCGGAGUUUGACUCCCCAGUCAUGAGGACUCACGCACAAGGAGGAAAAGUGCCCGGACCCUCUCCGGAGAUGCGGACCGUGUCCUGGCUUCUGCUGCUUCUCCUCGUGGAUCUUUCAGUGGCUCAAGUUGACGAUGACUUCAUCGGUCUCGGUGAUCUGCCGGAAACCUUCCCUUCGGACCCCCCCGAGCCCCUGCCCGUGUUUCUGAUGGAACCGGAGGAGGCCUACAUUGUGAAGAACAAGCCGGUCAACUUAUACUGCAAGGCCACACCCGCCACCCAGAUCUACUUCAAGUGCAACAGCGAGUGGGUUCACCAGAAGGAGCACACGGUGGAGGAGCGGGUUGACGAGAACUCCGGCCUGGUGGUGAGGGAGGCCAGCAUCGAGAUCACUAGGCAGCAGGUGGAGGAGCUGUUCGGGCCGGAGGACUUCUGGUGUCAGUGUGUGGCCUGGAGCUCGGCGGGGACCACCAAGAGUCGCAAAGCCCACGUCCGCAUCGCCUACCUGAGGAAGACGUUUGACCAGGAGCCUCUUGGGAAGGAAGUGUCACUCGAACAAGAAGUGUUGCUCCAAUGUCGACCGCCUGAAGGCAUCCCAGCUGCUGAGGUGGAGUGGCUAAAGAACGAAGAGGUGAUUGAUCCCGCGGACGACAGGAACUUCUACAUCACCAUCGACCACAACCUGAUCAUCAAGCAGGCGCGUCUCUCCGACACGGCCAACUACACCUGUGUGGCGAAGAACAUCGUGGCCAAGAGACGCAGCACCACCGCCACAGUCAUUGUCUACGUGAACGGUGGAUGGUCCACAUGGACGGAGUGGUCGGUGUGUAACAGCCGCUGUGGCCGCGGUUACCAGAAACGCACACGCAGCUGCACCAACCCGGCGCCCCUCAACGGGGGGGCCAUCUGUGAGGGGCAAGGCAUCCAGAAGCUGCCGUGCAACCCUCUCUGCCCAGUGGAUGGCCUGUGGACAGAGUGGAGUAAGUGGUCCACCUGUGGGACAGAGUGCACCCACUGGAGGAGGAGAGAAUGCAACGUCCCGGCACCAAAAAACGGGGGGAAGGACUGUGAGGGCAUGGUGCUCCAGUCCAAGAACUGCACCGAUGGGCUGUGCAUGCAGAGUUCCUUUUAUCAGAAGUCCUCAGAGGCAAAAGACAAGAGUGAUUUGGGGAAUUCAUUGGCCCCCAGUACAGACGACGUAACUCUCUACGUGGGUAUCGUCAUAGCGGUGAUCAUGUGCCUGGUCAUCUCCGUGGUCGUGGCGCUCUUCAUCUACAGGAAGAACCACCGGGACUUUGACUCCGACAUCAUCGAUUCCUCCGCCCUGAACGGCGGCUUCCAGCCAGUCAGCAUCAAGACGUCCCGUAAAGCUGAGCUCCUGACAGCGGCCCCUGACCUGACCUCAGCAGCUGCCUUGUACCGGGGUCCCGUCUACGCCCUCCACGAUGUGGGCGACAAAAUCCCCAUGACCAACUCCCCUCUGCUCGACCCGCUGCCCAACCUGAAGAUUAAGGUGUACAACUCCUCGGGCUUAGUGACCCCACAGGACGACCUGGGGGGGGAGUUCUCCUCCAAACUCUCCCCUAAGCUGCCGCACUGCCUCCUGGACAACAGCGACAGCACGAUGGGUCGCCGCACGCAGACCCAGACGCUGCUCCGCACCCGGGACCCGUCCUGCAGCGCGCUGGGCUCCUUCAGCUCCCAGGGGGGGCACCUCAUUGUGCCCAACUCAGGGGUGAGCCUGCUAAUUCCAGCGGGGGCCAUUCCUCAGGGCAGACAAUAUGAGAUGUAUGUGACGGUUCAGAGGAAGGACAACAUGAGGCCGGCGGUGGAUGAUGGUCAAACUGUGCUGGGCCCCGUGGUGAGCUGCGGGCCACCCGGGGCCCUGUUGACUCGGCCCGUCAUCAUCACCAUGCACCACUGCGCCGUGUUCGACGGCCAACUGGAUUGGCUGAUCCAGCUCAAGAACCAGUCGCCGCACAACCAGUGGGAGGAUGUGGUCGUGGUCGGGGAAGAGAACUUCACCACGCCGUGCUACAUCCAGAUGGAUGACGAGGCCUCCCACAUCCUGACGGAGACGCUGGGCACCUACUGCCUCGUGGGCCAAACUCUCAGUGCCGCCACCAUCAAGCGCCUCAAGCUCGCCAUCUUCGGGCCGGUCACCUGCCCCGGCAUGGAGUAUCACAUCAGAGUGUACUGCCUGGACGACACGCAGGACUCACUCAAGGAGGUCCUGCAGAUGGAGAAGCAGAUGGGCGGGAAGCUGCUGGACGAACCAAAGACUCUCAACUUUAAAGACAGCACUCACAAUCUGAGACUCUCCAUCCACGACGUCCCCCACGCGAUGUGGAAGAGCAAGCUGCUGGCCAAGUAUCAGGAGCUCUCCUUCCAGCAAGUGUGGAGCGGCUCACAGAGGAACCUCCACUGCUGCUUCACCCUGGAGCGGUUCUCCUCCUGCACCGUGGACCUGGCCUGCAAGAUCUGCGUGCGGCAAGUGGAGGGAGAAGGACAGAUUUUCCAGCUGGACACCACACUGUCAGAGGAUUCCCAGAGUAUUGACACGUCCCUGCUGGACCCGGCCAGUAACAUCACCACACUCGUGGGGCCCAACGCCUUCCGCAUCCCUGUGUCCAUCCGGCAGAAGCUGUGCGGCAGCCUGGACGCACCAGCGACCAGGGGCAACGACUGGAGGAUGUUGGCCCACAAACUUAAUCUUGACAGGUAUCUCAACUACUUCGCCACCAAAUCCAGUCCUACGGGAGUGAUCCUGGAUCUGUGGGAAGCCCAGCAUUUCCCCGAUGGCAAUCUCGGUCGCCUCGCUCAGGUACUGGAGGAGAUGGGACGGCAUGACAGCCUUCUCCCGGCAAUGACUGAGCACUGACAUCUGCCCACCAGGGACUGUGAAAUUCCAGGGAGGAAGAAGACAUAAACAGAAAAUAAGGGCGAAGGGGGGGGCGGACGCCCGAAAGCAGGAGAGAGUCAUAUUGGCAUCGCGGUGACAAACGCACGCACACGCUCCCAGACACUGUGUGUGUUUGUGUGUGUGUGUACACUCAAAGAAGAUAAAAAGAGCUAGGUCUACUCAGCCAUGACCCAGUUUAACAUUGGCAACAAAGGGUGUAAAAACUUGGAAGGGUAAACAAGAAUCUGUGCCAGUCACUUCUCGCUGGCUGUUCCUCUCGCUGGUAGAACGACUUGAUAUUUUUUGGCUCUCGUCUCGUUGGGAUCCGCCGUCCGGACAUCGCCCCCCCGGCCGACGCUCCGACCCACGAGCAGAGGUCAAAGGAUCCGAGGAGCAACCGGCUCAGAUCAAACGAAAAGCAUCUCUCACUCUCCGUAAACCCGUCUCCAUAGCAACUCCGCGGAGUGUGUGUUCUGUGAUAACAUUGUAUUUAAUAAUAUGUCUAUUUAUACAUAUCCUUUUUUUUUAUUGUAUUUUAUGCUGCCUGUUAGGGAAUACUUUGUAGUGUCCUCACUUCUUUUUUUUUUAAAGUUUCUUUAUUCCAUUAUGUUUGACUGUAUCAUAGCACCCCCUGGUGGACUCUCGCAGUAACGACUCAUCCUGCCGGCCACAUUUUCCAUGUACAGAAGGAAGUCGAUGAUGUAACCAUUUUACCAUUUUAGUGUUGCCGUUGUAACUAAUAUUGAUUAAUUAUUCACGUUAUGUAUAAUUAUUGAUUUUCAAGUAUGUGUACAUCGUUUAAUUUGCAAGUCUUUAAAAAUAUCGUCUUUAAGUUGAAAUAGAUUUUUUUUUCUUUGCUUUUCUUUUGUUUUGCUGUGUGGUUUUUUUUUAUAAAUCAGAUCAUUUGACAGAUUCCACCAGUCUAUAACCCGUUAGUAGAAGGCAAUCAACAUCACAUUCCCCAACGGACUCGAACUCACGACCAACGGUGACGAUAUGUUUGUUGUUCAAAGUGACGUGACCGAGACCAGGCAGAGAUGAGAGGUGGAAACUGUGGAGAAGGGAAUCAAAUAAGUAUAUUUUUGUAGGACCAAUGCAACUGAAUACAACUGCUUUGUACCAAAAAACUUGACAUACAGUGUGUGAGAUUAAAUUUAAUACACAAGGUGA